ACGACAUCACUGAUCUUAUUUACCCCUCCUGUCUCGUUCAUCAAACAUCGCGAAAAACGACGAGGCCGCUCACGGAUCAGGGCGAGAUCUCGGAACAUACUGGAGCUGGAGGUGUCAGUGGGGAAGGAAGUCAUCUGGCAGAAAGCCAUAAUACAAUUAUAGGAACUUCGUCAGGUCUCCCCGGCAGCCAGGCGUCUGGGAUCGGAGAAGGAAGUCACUUCCCACAAGCCCACAAUACAACGGCAAGAACUUCAUCAGGCCUCAUCGGCAACCAAACCUCGAGGAUUACAAACACAUCGAACACCAGCACUCAAAACCCCGCUGCAAGAGAUGCUGCUGUAGCAGCAAGUGGAGUUGGACUUGCAGAGCAUGAACACGAAAACACGAGAGCGAACGAGGGCUAGGUUCCACAACAACCGAUCAAGGCUUUGGAAACACCCAGGGCGUUGGAAGUGCUCAAGGCGCGGAUUACUCCUCGACCCCAACCAACGAUCUUCCAAUUCUCGCGAAUAUAGAAGCGGGUGGUUAUACUGGCACGAACAAGAGGUCUUCAUAUCACACUGGACCUACAGGAGCGUCAGUACAAGGGCCUCACUCCACCAAUACUGCCAAUCGUCUCGACCCAGCCGUGAAUAAAAGCGGGACUCCACACCUUGAAAAUACGCACGAGCAUUCAGAGAAACAUGGCGGUGGAGGUCGCGCUGCUGAUAGGCACCAUUUAGAUCAACAUGACGGCGAUGGGCAGACUGCUGAAAAGCACCACCUGGGCCGGGAUGCGGCAUUGGGAGUGGAAUUGGUGCAGCAACAUACUUAGCCGACAAAUAUCACCACCGGA